UUUACGGGAUAAUGUCACUGUAUUUUAAAGAUACAUACUUUUAAUAGACAAAUAAAUUGAUAUUUAAAUUAUCUUCAUUUCAACAAGAAGUUGUCUACUUGCAGCGGUAAUACUAGAGAUAUUUUGUUAUUGAACCGUCUUGAAUACAUUUGUAAAUGUCCGUGUCAUUGUGCGUUUUGCGUAUUGAAAUCGACGAAGAUCUACCCGAAAUGGGUGAUAAUGCAUCUGAAGCAGAAGCAGCUAAAGAACAAAAGAAAAAGGACCGUGGUGCUCGAGAUAGUAAGACAAUAACAGUAGAGACAUAUGCCAGUGUGCUGGUUGGUUCUAACACUGAUUCCGGAAUCCUGCCUACAAGCUCACGGAGAUCUCCACCUGAAGAUAAUGUCUGUAAUGACGAUGAGACUAUUAAUUUCUUCUGUGGCAACCCAUUAGUAGAGGUUACAAAAGGAGUUCUGCAUUUGUAUAAAGAAAAUGAAUUGAAGGAGGCAGAGGAAGCGAAGACACUCUGUCUACUGUCGGUACCAGGUGCACUAGGAGCACCAGACCUGCUUGCAUUUGCUGCGGCCUGUCAACAAGAUAUUGCACAUGUCAGAGUACUAAGAGAUGGCUCGCUCGAUCACUACAUGGCUUUACUUACAUUCCGUACAUCGGCAGCGGCUCGUGAGUUCCACUCUGCGUUCGACGGCGUACCUUACAGCAGCCUGGAGCCGCACGCGCUGUGCCACAUGGCGUGGGUGUCUCGAGUGGAGUGGGCCAGAGAUGGCACACCACCUCCCUCACAUACUGAACUACCCACAUGUCCUGUGUGCUUGGAGCGUAUGGACGAGAGUGUGGCGGGAGUGCUGAGCGUGCAAUGCGCGCACGCAUUCCACUCUGAAUGUCUGGUGCGGUGGAGAGAUGCGCGCUGUCCGGUGUGUCGGUGUGCGCAGACUCCGGAGCCGCGAGGUGUGGCGCGCUGCGACCAAUGCCACGCCGGCGCCGCACACCUCGCACAGGGAGAGGGGGAGGAGGAGGUGGAAGUGGGGGGUAGAGAGGGUCUGGCGGAGGGUCUGCCCGAUGGGGUGACGGCAGGCGCGCUCUGGAUCUGCCUCAUCUGUGGACAUGUCGGUUGUGGCAGGUAUGAAGGAGGUCACGCUGCGAAACACUUCCUCGCUUCCAACCACACUUACGCCUUACAAUUGGGGUCCAACAGGGUAUGGGACUAUGCAGGUGACAACUUCGUACACCGUCUGGUGCAGAACAAGACUGACGGCAAGCUGGUGGCGGCGGAGGGGGCGGGCGGGGAGGAGGAGGCCUGCGGGGGGGAGAAGCUGGACGCAGCUCAGCUCGAGUUCACUUACAUCCUCACACAGCAGCUCGACGGACAGCGAGCGUAUUACGAGGACAAGAUCGCAAAAUUGGAGUCUGAGCGCAGCGCGGAGUGCGAGGCGCUGAGAGCUCGCGCUGCGGCUGCGGAGGCUGAGAGUGCGGAGCUGCGCGGUCAGGUGGCGCUGCUGACCCGAGAUAACAAGGCACUUGACAGGCGUCUGCAGCAUCUCACUGCAAAGAUGUCAACACUGCAGAGUGAGUUGAGCGAGGAGCGCGGGCUGGCUGCAGCACUGGCCGGCAGCCAGGCGCAGUGGCAGGAACAGGCACGGAUCAAGGAACAGACAUUUAUGCAAGAGGUAGCAGAUCUCAAAGAACAGCUACGUGAUGUCAUGUUCUUCGUAGAGGCUCGUGGCCAACUCGAGAAGUCAGAAUGUGCGACACAGGAGGAGAUAGCCUCCGCCAGCGUGUCCGUUGCACCAGCCAAACCACGACGCAGGCGACGGUAGCUUCACAUUACAAACUAGAACUUGAUUAAUAUUAUAAAAUGAUGUUGUGAAUACUUCUUGUCUAAUGACCAGUCUUUUAUACUUGUUCUCUAUUUGACGGCUGAAGAAAUAAAAUAAAUCUAUGACAUUGACAGGAGCUUAAAAAGGUUAUGGUUAUGAUCGAAUCGAUUACCGUGAAAAUCGAUUUCCUAAAAAACUGUCAAUUAUUUGUGAUGAUCCUAUUGUAUUAAUUUAUUCAUAAUACAGGGCUUUUGAGGACACAAAAAUGUCCGUUUAAAAAUAAAAAAUAAUGUUAAGUUAUAAAAGUGAUGUAAGUUAUAAGCAUGGAGGAAACUU